GCGUCUGAACCUCCGUAGUGAGAGGUUGUAUUUUGUCCAAUUUUCUGUUUUUCCGUUUUGAUUCGUCAACUUGCAUAAAUCUUUUGUGUUUGUUUUUUUAUUUUUGUUGUAAAGAAAUUAUGUCAUUAUCAGUCUUUAUUCAACAUCCAUAAAGGAUUUAGUGUGUUAUUAAGUGUUGUGUGCUAUUGGAAAAAAGUUAUCAAGAAAUUAUUCAUCGAAUAAUUUCUCAUCACCGUGUCAAACUGUACCAAUCGUCUUUGUUUUGUUUAUCGACAUACUUUUCCGGAGUUUUUUUUUCACCUUACGUUACACACAUAAAAUUUUCAAGUUAUGAAAGUUGGAAACGUCCAGUGAACACAUUUUCAAAUCACCGGAAAUUCCAAUUGAAAUGCCUAUUUAAUUAAGACAACCACUGGAAUGACGACUGCAACCAGUGGAGGAGGAGGUGGUGGUGCAAGUGGAGGUGGCGUUGGAGGUGCCCUAAGUCUCAUGGGAUGUGUUCGUGAAGCAUCACCAACGCCGGUUGAUCAUCAUCCAUUGCGACUCAGAAAUUUUCAGCACAGUGUCGAUGCAUUACCAAAGGAACCAAAGAAAAGAAGAUUUCAUCCAUUGCGAGGAUUGCGAAGAAUAUUUAGGAGAAAAAGUCGUGGAGCGGCGGAUUCUCGUCUAACUUCCGGUUUAACUGAUGGUGAUUUACUAGCUCGUGAUCGUGAGGAAGUCACUUUGCGACAUCCUGCAGGGCGAACAGAAGAAGCACGUAGUCGAAGUGCUAGUGAACUUCUCACGGAUUCCUGUGACAGAGAAAGUGUAUUUCUCAGGAGAAAUGGCGAAGAUGAUUCCUUUACGAAAUUUCGAGGAGGAGCGGGACAAUUAUCAGUUUCACAUGACAGUGUUUUUCCUGGAGAAGUGCCUCACACUCGUCCUCUAUCUCUCGAAUCUCUUACAACCCUUGAGCGAAGGCAAUCUAAUACUGGAGACGAGACGGAACACAACCGAGAGUACAAGUCACAUGUGGCCCAAAGGCAGAGGAUAUCAUUAAGGGUGCUGGAGCAAAUAAAGACAGUCAUAGAGAACCGGAACCAUCAAGCCUCUGCGACCUCCACGGAUUCCACGAGUUCCCCUCAAAAUCGCUUUGGCAGCUACGAAAUUCAUGAGAAAUCAUCAGAGGAUUCAUCGCAAACAAGGGUAACAAGAACGAUAAAAGAUUCCAGUGAACGAAUUGCCUCAACGCAAAAGGAGGAUUUACCACAACUGGAGACUGCGAGUUUAAAUCACACUGCGGCCCAUCAUAGGAUAUCUGUUCGACCAAAGAACAGAAGACCACCGAAAAGAAAUCCAAUUCAAAAUGGCCUUACCUCAACAAAUAUUCCACCGACCAUAAAUGAGAGUUCAGAUACUCUAGACAGUCUUGAGCUCAUCAGUAGCAGUAAUGCAAGUUCACCAAUUGAAUCGAAAAAUGUAUCUAUAUUGAGGAAAUCAUCGAGUAGACUCUCGAGGAAUUCUGAUAUCUUCGAAGAAUUAGAAGCCAAACUACCGAGAAAACCAAGUAGUGUCGUAUCACUUUCGCCUGAUAGUUUAGAUUCCACACCUUCUCGAACUUUUAACGAUACCAUCGACAGUGAGGAUCAUUCCCCGGAAAAUCGAUCCAUCACGAGAAGACCUUCUAAUCGAACUUCGAAGGGAGCGGAAGUUUUGGAGAAGAUGGAAAUUAAAUUACCACGUCGAAGGUCAUCAUCUAAUCGACUUUCAAAGUCGCCUGACAGUCUGGAAAGUUCAUUACCUUGGUUCUCGAAAUCAACGGAAGGUUUCGAUAAACUCAUCGAGAAUGAAGAGACAAAACCGUCGACGAGAAGAUUCCUAAAUCCUAUUUCAAAGAGUAUUGAUCGAGUCUCUAAAUCCUCGGACAGUUUAGAGGUCAUUGACACUUUAACCAGUGACGAUUCCAUUGAACGACGACGCAGUAGUUUCGAUUUCAGACCACGCAGAUCCACGACCAAAGUGAUGUCCAAGUCAACAGAGAAUUUUGAUGCUCUCGGUCAUCAUCAAAAAUUAGAGGAAAUUGUACCACUGCAAAAAAGAUGCAGCGCAUCAGAUAUAAAUCUUUCCAGAAGAACGCGUACUAAACUAUUUUCAGAAUCUUCAGAUAGUUUCGAGAGAUUGGACGCUGUGGAAAAAUCAACGGACAUUGAUGUGGAAUUUAAAAAGAACUUUUGGCGUUCGUCCGAGAGUUCCGAUAAUCCGGAACUUGACGAGAGACCCGAUAGUCGACGAGUAAGAAGGCCACCUAAAAGAAUUCCAAGUAAAAAUGAUUCACCAUCAUCGCCAAUAAUUACACAAUGCGAUGAGAGACGACCAACACCUAUUCCUAAACCAAGACUUCAAAAGUCAUCGGAAAGUUCGGAACUUGGAAGCACUGAUACUCUUGGCUCUGAUCGAAGAAAUAAAUCAUCAGACAGUACAGAAACACUCGAUAGUCUUGAAAAGGAUCUUGAACAAGAUAGAAGAGAUGAUGAAGUCAUGGAUAAUAUCAUUGAUAGGGGCGAUAAAUCCGAAUUUUUCGACAGUACAUCAACGGAAGAAUCAGCAAACGCCGAUGGCAAUGACGAAAAUAAGUCUGUGAUUUCUAAUAAUGAUAAAUCAUAUUGGAGACAAUCAUCUGAAUCGAAGGAAAAUCUCGAUAUUCAUCAAUUGUUGGCCAUUACAAUUGUGACACAAAUGGCAAGUGAUAAUGGCAACAAUCAACGUGGCACUAAUGUAUUUUUGAAAAAAAAUCAAAGUUCACCACCAACAUCACCCCUAGCCAAACCUGAAGAUAAUAAAAUGCUCUUUAAUAAUUUACUUUCAAAUAAAAAUGACGAGGAUUUACAAAAUAUGCUUAAUGGAAACAUAUCCGAGGUAUCGACCGAUACCAAAAGCUUUAAGGAGAAAUUGAUUAUGUUCGAAAGACUUGGCAAAUAAAUUUCUCGAAACCCUUUUUUUUCGAAAAAAAAGAAAAAUUUAAAGUGAUAAAAUUAUUUUUGGAAUAAAUUUCCGCUAAAAUUAUUUCGAGAGAAAGAAAAUCAAAAUUGAGAUAUAUAUAUAUAUAUUUGUGCAGAGCACAAUUGUUUCUUGUUAUAAACAUUUUUUAAAAUUAUUUCUGCAAUUUCAAUUGCAGAAUACAAUAUUUAUAUAAUUUAUUAAUUUCAAAAAUCUUUUUUU